CACUUGAGUAACAAUAAUCUAUCAGGAGAACUCCCAUUAUCCUUGAAGAGUUGUGUGAAGUUAGAAACUCUUGAUCUUGGACAUAAUGGAUUCAUUGGUACAAUACCUACUUGGAUAGGAGAAAGUUUGUUAUCCUUGAGUAUCCUUCGCUUACGAUCAAACAAGCUUGUUAGAAAUAUUCCUCCUAAUCUAUCAAGACUAAGUGCUCUUCAAAUCCUAGAUCUUGCUAAUAACAAUUUAUGAGGAACCAUUCCUUCGAGCUUUGGGAACUUCACUGCCAUGAAAGUGUUACAGGGGACUAAUAGAAACAUUUCAAGUUAUCCUUAUUACAAUGAAAAUUUGCAAGUGACCAUGAAAGGAAGUGACAAUGAGUUUUCCAGAUUCCUUUUACUUGUGAUUGCUAUGGACCUUUCAGGCAAUAACUUGUCUGGUAAAAUUCCAGAAGAACUGGCCAACCUUCUUGGACUGGUGAGCUUAAACUUGUUUGGAAAUCAUCUGACAGGAGAGAUCAUAGAAAAGAUCGGUGCAUUGCAACAGUUGGAGUCACUUGACUUAUCAAGAAACAACCUUUAUGGUGGAAUUCCUUCAAGCAUGAUUGCUCUAACUUUUUUGAGUUGCUUGAACUUAUCAUAUAACAACCUGUCAGGAAGAGUUCCAUCAGGUAAUCAGUUUCAGACCUUCACUGAUCUGUCUAUCUACGCUGGUAAUCCUGGCCUUUGUGGGUUCCCAUUAGCUCAAAAGUGCAAAGAUGACGAGACAAAUCAAGGUCCAAAUGCUGUUGGAGGGAAUGAACAAAAAGAUAAUGCCAUCGAUGAAGAAGGAUCUGAAAUCGAGUGGUUGUAUAUGAGCAUGGGGCUAGGAUUCGCGGUUGGUUUAUGGGAUAUUUUUGGUCUAUUAUUUUUCAACAGAAAAUGGAGAGAAGCCUAUUUUCGACUUAUAGAUCAAGCUUAUGAUAUUGUUUACGGGGCCCUAGUAGUGAUUUUCAGUAGGUUUAAAGAGCACAAUGCUGCAGCAUGAUUGUUUAUGAUAUGGUCUACAUAAACUUUUUUUCUUUUUUCUGUUUUUCUAAAGUGUUUGUAAAAAUGUUCAAA